GCAGGUGUUGUUAAGAUGGCACCUUGCCCAUAAAGAGCUCAUCCCCAUCAUUUUAAUUUUACAGUUCAACAAAUUGAGAUUUUGUGUGUUUUUGUGGUGGAUUUGCACAUUCUGGUCAUUUAUUUCUGGUAGAAAUGUUUGAUUUGAAGAAAGAAUGGAGCAUCUCCUUUGCAGGUUGCGGUUUUAUGGGGAUUUAUUAUGUUGGUGCCACCAGUUGUAUCCUUGAACGGUUCCCAGGCUUCAUACGAGACGCUUCUAAGAUCUAUGGAGCCUCUGCAGGUGCUCUGAUGGCUUCUGUUCUUUCUGUAGGAAUCCCACUAGAGAAAUGCUGUGCUGAUUUGAUGUUUAUGGCUAAAGAGGCCAGAAAGCACAAACUUGGACCCCUGCAUCCAGCUUACAACCUGCUGCAGAUAGUAAAGGACUCUCUGCAGAGGGGCCUACCAGAAGACGCACACGUUCGUGCCUCUGGGAAGCUCUGCGUGUCCCUGACCAGAGUCUCUGAUGGGAAGAACGUACUGGUGUCGGAGUUCGACAGCAGGGAGGAGCUCGUUCAGGCCCUUGUAUGCAGCUGCUUCGUCCCUUUCUACUGUGGUGUUAUUCCACCCACCUACCGCGGAGUGCAUUACGUGGACGGUGCUGUCAGUGACAACUUGCCUCGCUGUCACCUGAAGAACACGAUCACCUUCUCCGCGUAUGCCGGUGAGAGCGACGUCUGCCCCCGAGGGAGCACGCUCAACUUCCACGAGGUGCGCUUCAACAACGUCAGCAUCCAGGUCAACACGGAGAACAUGUACAGAGUCGCCAGCACCUUCUUCCCCCCGGAGCCUGAGGCAAUGGCUGAAAUCUGCCAGAAUGGAUACGUGGAUGCUCUCCGCUUCCUGCAAGAGAACAAUCUAAUCAGCAGUGAGUGUCCUCUGAGAAGUUUGGAGACGGACAUUCCCAAACCUGUUUGUUGUGAGCUGGCAAAGGAGCCGGCUGAAGCUGAAGAGUCCAACGAGGACACACAACAGAGAGGAAUGAAAGCACCUCGGGAUGAGCACUGGUGGCUGGAUCCACAGCUCAUAGACAGGCUCCCAGUUAACUUAAAAAAAGCGUUGUGUGAAGCCUGUAGAGAGACGCGUACUGCUGGUGGUCUGUUGUCUCAGGUCACUGAGCUCCUGCCAGACAAAGUGACGUCAUACCUGCGGAUCCCCUGUACUCUGCCGGUGGAGUCGGCCUGCUCUCUGGCCCAGAGACUAGUAGACUGGAUUCCUGACGUGCCCAGGGAUAUGAGCUGGUUCUACGGCGUGGCUGGAGACAUCUAUAAAAAAGCUUGGAAGGUCAAGGUGGAGGACUGUGAAAGUGAGGUGGCUCUGCGCCGAUCUACAAGCAUGCCAUUAGGCCUGAACCUGUGGAAUAAUAGAAAAGAAGAUGUAAAUGCUCUCCCACUGACACCAGAGACCACUCCCACCUCCAGCCUUACCUUUACCUGGAACACAAACACUGAGUCGGACCACGUGUCCCUGACUCCACCCCCUACACCCACCUUCUGCCCUGAGUUUGGUGAAGCCACCGUGGAGUCACCAAAAAGCGCAGGUAGAAGUUGGGGUUUGGGUCUGGGCAGAGCUGUGGGGUGGAUCCGACAUAGUGCAUCUGAGCAAGGUUCAAACAUCGAGAAGUCUGAAGACUCUAUGUCCUUUUCUGAAUUCAAGUAAAUAUAUUUAAUGUGGCACUGAAAGAGAAGAAUGUGGAAAAAAAGUUGAAUAAAUGAAUGUAAAAAUG